ACAUUCUGUGAGUGUGUACCCAGCUCCUCCCAGCUCAAACACCGCUGGUCAGACUCAGACACAGUCAGAGAGACCCCCUCACCCACCAAGGUAAGAACACACACACCUCACCUCUCUCUCACACACACCUAUAACACAAACACACAUGCAGGCUACUAGACCCACCCGAUUACUCACUUACACCUCAAACUUCUAAUAUUGCACCCCAACCUGCCCAAUGUUAAAACUCUACACAUUGUAGUGCCCCACUGUGAACGUCACACCAAACUAUUUGUUAUAGUGCAUUCCUCAAAUGCAAGCUUGCUCAUUAUAUUUCUCACAUCCUAAAAUAAUGAUGAAUUAUCUCAUAUUCAGUAGUACAGUUAUAUGUUAUAUAUGAAAUGUGUUUGUAGAAAGAUGAAAGUCCUCUAAUGUAACUCAUGUGACUUAUCAUGCGGCAAGUAGCCUGGCGUUUAGAAAGGCGAGCAAGCAACCAGAAUGUUGACAGUUUGAAUCCCGGGUCUGAUUGGAAAAAUCUGGCGCGAAGUGAGCUGGCAACUGGAGGGUUGCUGGUAUCAAAUCCUAGAUGCCAUAGCCUGCCGUUGUGCACUGGAGAAGGCACUUAAGCCCCCAAAACAGCUGCUCCACUUGUGCUGAAUGUAUGUGUGUCUUUCAGAGGAGAUAGGAUAAAGCGGAAGUCACAUUUCUGUUGGACCUUGUGUAUAACUGGACAAAUAGAGUAAUCUUAAAGACUAGGCUAAUGUAGCUCUAAAGGCUAACUUGGGUCUAAUGGAGCUCUAAAGCCUAUGCUUACUGGGUCUAAUGUAGCUCUAAAGCCUAGGCUAACUUGAGUCUAAUGUAUCUCUAAAGACUAGGCUGACUUGGGUCUAAUGUAGCUCUAAAGCCUAGGCUAACUUGAGUCUAAUGUAGCUCUAAAGUCUAGGAUAACUUUGGUCUAAUGUAACUCUAAAGGCUAACUUUAGUCUAAUGUAGCUCUAAAGCCUAGGCUAAUUGAGUCUAAUGUAGCUCUAAAGCCUAGGCUAACUUGAGUCUAAUGUAGCUCUAAAGUCUAGGUUAACUUUGGUCUAAUGUAACUCUAAAGCCUAGGCUAACUUGAGUUUAAUGUAGCUCUAAAGCUUAACAAGAGUCUUCAGGUCUCAGGCACGGUUAGUCAUCAAAUGAGCAUGGUUCACCCGGGUUCUUAUUCCAGCCAUUGUCACAGAUGGAGAUUUGAAGUGUUCUCAUUGAGAGGAGAGGAGAGGGGAGAGGAUGGCUUAAGCAUUUUCCUAUCAGUAGCUGUAGAGAACAGCACAGCACGGCUCAAGUGUUAAUAACAUAUAAUUUUUUAUUUUAUUUGUGUUGUCACGGUAUGGCUGUGGCACUUUCUCUCUUUCUGGCUUUCACUCUCUCUGUCUUGGCCUGUCCCCAUCCGCCUCUCUCUGAGGAGAGGAUGAUGAGUACUGAGGUGCUCAUCUACAUGGAGGAUUAGGGCUCCUUCACGACGACAGCCUCGCCCCGUCAGUGUCUCCAUCACCAUGGUGAUCACAUUCAGGGGAUUAUCGCAUAUUAAACGUCACAUUUGACAAUGGAGCAGAACAGGUGGCAAAGCCUGACUCAAAAGAACUACCCCAAAUAACCAUGGAUUUAGCUUGUGUUGCUUUUCACUUAAAAGCAGAAAUGAUCGUAACAGGAUCUGAGUGCAUGUGGGGUGGUACAGAAUAUUAAUGUGUGUGUGGAGGUCUGUGGGUUUUGCAUGUAUGUAUGUAGGUAUGUGUGUGUGUGUGAUCUCUGCUGUAUCUCCUGUGGUUUUAUACUUACCUAAUGAGCGGAUGGAGCCCGUCAUCCAGCCACCAGCCAAUGACCCAGUAGUGUCCCCACAAGGAGGUUUUGCCUCCCAGUGUGUCUCCUGUCAUCCCAGAGUAAGCUGUCUGAAACAGAAGAGAGGGAGAAAGUAAAAUAGAGACAGAGAGAGGGGGGAGAGAAGGGGAGAGAGACAGAGUGCGAGAGAGGUAGAGAGAGCAAUGUUCAGAGGCCAUUAAUAUUUAGUGUGCAAUAGGAGAUGGCUUUCACCCAUACCUUCCCCCUCUGGCCAACAUAUAGUCAGAGCCAAAUGAAACUGUUAUCACUGCUGCUUCUCUACAGACUGUUACGAAAAGGCUAAAGCAAAUGCAAUGCAAGCAAACACACACACACAAACACACACAAACGCACAGACAAACACAUACGCUACAGGACUGUUUCUCUAGCACAGACUGGAAUAUGUUCCGGGAUUCAUCCGAUGGUAUUGAGGAGUUUACCACAUCAAUCACCAGCUUCAUUAAUAAGUGCAUCGACGACGUUGUCCCCACAGUGACUAUACGUACAUAUCCCAACCAGAAGCCAUGGAUUACAGGCAACAUCCGCACCGAGCUAAAGGCUAGAGCUGCCGCCUUCAAUGAGCGGGACACUUAAAAUGAUCCUACUACACCGGCUCUAAUGCUCGAUGGAUGUGGCUGGGCUUGCAAACUAUCAUGGAUUACAAAGGGAAACCAAGCCGCGAGCUGUCCAGUGACUAGAGCCUACCAGACAAGCUAAAUACCUUCUGUGUGUGCGUCGAGGCUAGCAACACUGAACUAUACAUGAGAGCACCAGCUGUUCCAGACGACUGUGCUGUCACGCUUUCCGUAGCCGAUGUGAGUAAGACCUUUAAACAGGUUAACGUUCACAAGGCUGCAGGGUCAGAUGGAUUUCCUGGACGCGUACUCAGAGCAUUCGCUGACUAGCUGGCAAGUGUCUUCACUGACAUUUUCAGCCACUCCCUGACUCAGUCUGUAAUACUUACAUGUUUCAAGCAGACCAAUAACUCCAAGGUAACCUAUAUAAAUGACUAUCGCCCCAUAUCACUCACAUCUGUAGCCAUGAAAUGCUUUGAAAGGCUGGUCAUGGCUCACAUCAACACCAUCAUCCCAGACACCCUGGACCCACGCCAAUUGGCAUACCGCCCCGACAGAUCCACAGAUGACGCAAUCUCUAUUGCACUCCACACUGACCUUUCCCACCUGGACAAAAGGAAAACCUACGUGAGAAUGAUGUUCAUUGAGGUGGCUGGAAGUCUAUGGGUAUCUACUAGCAUGCAGCAUGUGUGUCAAACAGUUUUCUCAUUAUUUGGUUGGGUCUAAUUGUGUUGCUGUCCUAGGGCUCUGUGUUUGUUAAUCUCUCUCUCUCUCUCUCUCUCUCUCUCUCUCUCUCUCUCUCUCUCUCUCUCUCUCUCUCUCUCUCUCUCUCUCUCUCUCUCUCGCUCUCUCUCUCUCUCUCUCUCUCUCUCACCAGGCACCUAUCUGUCCCCACCCACUUUCCUUCCUUACUCAGCAGCAUCCUCUACUCCUGGACUCUGUUGUUGUCAGGAAUCAAACUAUUGUUUGUGUUAUGCACCUCGUGGCUUUGUUCCUCUCCAAUGAGUUUGGAUGCAUAUGUUUUCUUUAUGUGCUCUGUGUGAAUGUGUCUGUGCACAGGAUAAACACGCUGAGAGUGAACAUAGCCAUGACGUCCACAUCUGUGCAGAUAGACUAUGAAUAAACACAGUGAUGAAGAAGUGCUUCCUGGAAAACAGGGUGUAUUUCCCAGAGAGCCUCACGGUGAUAAAACUCCAAAAUAAAUUGCAGGUUGGCGUUUAUUGGGGUGAGUCUUGUCCUGGAGGCAGAACUGAGCAAUUUCCACUAGAUGGGCCAGCUGCAAAGUAAAAUUGGCUAUAUUGUAAAAAUUAUUGAAAACAAAAAAUAUGUAUGUCUCUACUUCCCCAGAGUCAGAUGAACUUGUGGAUACCCUUUUUAUGUCUCUGUUUCCAGUAUCAAGGAAGUUAGAUGUAGUUUUGUGAGCCAAUGCUAACUAACAUUAGCACAAUGGCUGCAUGCUAGUAGAUAUGUUUGUGUGUGUGUGUGUGUGCGAAUUACUUUAGAUAUUGUUUUUAUAAAUAUAAAAGUAAUAUCUAAAGAAAUUCACACACACUCACACACACUCCUAGACUAUUAUACAGCAUAAGAAAAUCCACUGUAAGUCAAUGGCGAGUGAGGCCUGCUACAGCAUUCUCCCUUUAACUCCCUCUCUCACAAGCACACGUGUGUACACACAUACCACAGACAUCAAUGCACACCCACGUGUAUAAUCUGUAUAAUCUAUGCUAGGAGUGUGUGUGAGUGUACGUGUGGAUUUCCUUUGAUAUUGUUUUUAUUUAUAUUGGUACAGACAAUUAUUAAGAUUGUAACAUGUUUAAGACUUGAGAAAGAGAAAAUAACUGAUAAAAUGACUCCAAAUAAUUUGCUUAUACUGCAUAUACUCUAGGUGUGUGUGUGAGAGAGAGCGUGUACAUUUAUUUAGAUUGUAGUGGGUGAUUUUGGACGGAGUCAGGCGCAGGAGGGUAAAUCACAGUAUGUAUGGUUUAUUCAGCGGUACGCAGCAAUGCGUAAGACACUCCAGUGCGGUAAAUACGGCGCACUGGAGAAAAACAAGGCACACGGGUUAAUAUCCCGGUGAUACAAAAUACAAAGUAGCUCCACCGAACUAGAGUCACCUCCACAAUAAACAAUCACACACAAAUACAGGGGGCCAGAGGGAACACUUAUACAGGUACUGAUGAGGGGAUAUGAACCAGGUGUGUGUAAUAAACAAGACAAAACAAAUGGAAUGAUGAGAUGAGGAGCGGCAGUGGCUAGAAGGACGGUGCCGACCGCCGAAGCCUGCCCGAACAAGGAGGGGAGGCAGCUUCAGAGGAAGUCGUGACAGUACCCCCUUGACACGCAGCUCCAGCAGCGCGCCGACACCGGCCUCGGGGACGGCCAUGGUGGUGUUACCCUGAGAGAGGGGAAGAUUGGUUAGGAAGUCAAUAGACAAGUGGGACCAUGGCCGUUGUGGAACUGGUAAGCGAUGUAACUUACCCGCUGGGAGGUGCCUAGGUGCCUUACUCUGGGCGCACACCGAGCAGGAGGAGACAUACACCUCACGUCCUUAACCAAGGUAGCCACCAGUACUUCCCGGUCAGACAGCGUGCUGUACGACCGAUACCUGGAUGACCAGAGGAGGGAGACGUGUGUGCCCAAUAGAUAAGACGGUCACGGACAAGAGACGGCACGUACCGUAGACCACCUGGGCACUGAGUUGGAGAUGGCUCUGUGCGUAACUCCCGCUCUAUGUCCGCGUCCACUGCCCACACUACCGGCGCCACAAUGCGGGAGGCCGGGAGUAUGGGGGUGUUGUCUAUGGGCCUCUUCUCUGUGUCGUACAGCCGUGACAGCGCGUCUGCCUUCACGUUCUUAGUACCUGGUAUGUAUGACAAUGUGAAAUCAAACUGGGUGAAGAACAAGGCCCACCUGUGUUCAGCCUCCUCGCUGCCCGGAUGUACUCCAGGUUACGGUGGUCAGCCCAGACGAGGAAAGGGUGUUUAGCCCCCUCGAGCCAGUGCCUCCACGCGGUCAGGGCUCUGACCACAGCCAACAGCUCCCGAUCACCAACGUCAUUUUUCUGCUCCGCUGGGCUGAGCUUCUUCGAGAAGAAGGCACAGGGGCGGAGCUUGGGUGGCGUGCCCGAGCGUUGGGAUAGUACAGCGCCUACCCCUACCUCGGACACAUCCACCUCCACUACAAACGGCAAUGAUGAAUCGGGAUGGGCCAGUACCGGGGCUGAGGUGAACAGAAUCUUCAGGUUACUGAAAGCCCUGUCAGCCUCAGCAGAUCAGCGGAGCUGGGACAGCCCACCCUUCAACAGAGAGGUGAUGGGAGCUGCGACCUUGCCAAAGCCCCGGAUAAACCUCCGAUAGUAAUUGGCAAAGCCAAUGAAGCGCUGCACCUCCUUCACCGUGGUUGGGGUCGGCCAAUUCCGACACGGCGGAAAUGCAGUCUCCCUCCAUCUCCACACCUGAGGUGGUGAUGUGGUAUCCGAGGAAGGAGACGGACUGAUGGAAGAACAGACACUUUUCUGCCUUGGCAUAUAGGUUAUUCUCCAACAGUCGGCCCAGCACUUUGCGAACCAGGGACAUGAACCAGGUGUGUGUAAUAAACAAGACAAGACAAAUGGAAUGAUGAGAUGAGGAGCAGCAGUGGCUAGAAGGCCGGUGAUGACGAACGCCGAAACCUGCCCAAAGCAAAGGGUCUGAAUACUUAUGUAAAUAAGGUCUUUUAUUUUAAUUGUUAUGGGGUAUUAUGUGUAAUUUCAUCAAUUUUAGAAUAAAGGCUGUAAUGUAACAAAAUGUGGAAAAAGUCAAGGAGUCUGAAUACUUUCAGAAUGCACUCUCUCUCUCUCUCUCUCUCUCUCUCUCUCUCUCUCUCUCUAUAUAUAUAUAUAUAUAUAUAUAUAUAUAUAUAUAUAUAUAUAUAUAUAUAUGGACAGUUUAACAUGUAUUCAUUCACAUGACUUGAUUCAUGACUUUAAAUGUGUAAACAAAACAGUAACCCCAUGUGUCCAAAGACUAAAUAUAGUAUGAUACAGAUACGGUUGUAGUUCACAAACGUCAAUAAUUUCAAUCAUAUAUUUGGCAUAUUUGAAAAAAACAUAAUGUAUAUGAUUUUGAAGUGUCUGUCCAUAUAGGAGAUAUAAGAAAGCUCAGGAAAUGUUUUUGUUAUUUUUUACACAUAUUUAACCCCUUGUUAAUUGGGGCACAAAACUACCUCCGUACUUCCAUUCGUUUGUGUGGGUUACAUUCAGACAAGUCCUGUGACACUUGUGGGGGUUGUAGAGCAAAACAGACAACACCAUCAUGUUCGCAAGAGUCUCCCCAUUCCAGAGUGGUCAUAUAAUAAUAAUAAUAAUAAUAAUAAUAAUAAUAAUAAUAAUAAUAAUAAUAAUAAUAAUUUGUAGGCCAAACCGUUUUCGUGAGAAGACCAAUUUCCGGGAUGUCUCACGGUCUGACAAACACUGCUGUAGCUCGGCCACCUUCCACCAAAAAUGCAAAAGACCACCAUAGUCGGAUGUGGUGGAUUGAAACACACCCCAUACACAACACCUGAUAUCUCCAUCUUAAAUUUAUGGAUUUUGAUGGGGAUUUCUUUAUUGUGUUACUUAGAUUGAUGAACUGGUGCGUCAAUGGACUAUUAAGGAUUAAACAGGCCAAAUAACGAUACUAUAUGAUUUUAAACAAUUAAAUUCUGAAAUGUAUUUCAAAAUAUAUUUUUCACAUUUUCUCAAAAUCCCAACUUUGAUUGACACUGGAAGUAUGAUAAAUAAUGACAAUCUUAAAAUGUCAACGUGGCCUUUGUAGACACUUGUACCAACUAUACUGAGCAAAAAUAUAAACGCAACAUGCAACAAUUUCAAGGAUUUUACUGAGUUACAGUUCAUAUAAGGAAAUCAGUCAAUUGAAAUAAAUUCAUUAGGCCCUAGUCUAUAGAUUUCACAUGAAUGGGCAGGGGCACAGCCAUGGCAUUUUCACCAAACAGAAUUUGUUCAGUGGUACAUUUUGAUAGUGUACUAAAUAUAUUACAAGGACGUGAAUGGGUUAAGGGAAUGUUCUCCUAACUCUAAAACCAAAACAUGCUUAAAAGGUUCUCAGAAGGUUUUGCUAUUAUAGAUUGAAUGUUCCCCUAACUAAAUGAAAACUGGACACUCAAACAUUCAGGGAACAUUACGGGUAACAUUACAAAAACGUUCUCUCUCUCUCCAGAAUUGUUAGCUGGGAAAUAAGUGUAAUUAAGUGUGUUUAAUGUGAAGGUGGAUAUGGGUAGUUAAUUGUGUAAUGGUAGAGUAGGACAAACUGCUCUCUCCUCUAUCUACUCUAUACACAGAUGGUAAUGGCAAUGUAUCCCUGAGCGACAAGAUGGCUCCCGAUUGUAAAAGCUUUUUUUUGUUUCUGGUUAAUGACACCAUAGCAGUGUCAAAAUGUUCUCUCUUUCUCUCUCUUCUCACACACUUCAUCUCUCUCUCUUCAUAUGUAUCUCUUACUCACUUAUUUCUAUGAGUUUGUGUCUCACUUUCUCGCUCACACUUUCUCUGUCUCUGUCUCCCGUGCUCUCUCUCCCCUUCUCUCUCCUCUCUCCCGUUCUUUCUCUUUGAAGUGGGAGUGAGAAUUGAACCUGGUUCCCUGCUGUGUUUUUUCCCCAGAGGUGUUUUAAACUGGGACUCUUUUCAAUAUUCUCUUCAAUAAGCUACAUAUCUCUUUUCUUCUCUUCAAAAACUACAUGUUCCAGAAAACAUGUCUUAUAUCGGGCUUCUUCCAACUUUCAUACUUUUGAUGUGUGCAUUUUGUUGCGGGUUGGGUUUUGAUGCAGUAGUAGUGAAUGGUGGUUAAUGAGAUAUAGGAGAGAGAAAUUGCGCAUGAGUUGUGAAAUGUGACGCCUUUAAAAUAAAAAAAUCCUGUAAACACUGCUAAUCUUCAAUUAGAGGUUACCGAAUGACAAAGCUACAGACAUAUCCAGAAAGAAUCCGCAUUUUUUUUGCUCUAACAUUCCACUUUUCUUUUGUCCCUGCCUUCCAUAGAGGAUGAGCUGCAGCUACCUUCUGUGCACCAUCCUCCUCUUCGUAGCCGUCCUACUCGCUGUCACGGUAACCGGCACCAUCCUCUUCAUGAACCACAACCAGGCCCCACCCAUGUCCGACGGCCCUCCCCACAUCUCCACCAAUCAGGACGAGGCCAACGCCCUGGUCACUGUGGAGAGGGGCGACGGCUCACGCAUCAACAUCUUUAUUGACCCCAACUGUCCCGACUACAAUGGGAACUUCCUGCGCCUGGAGGGGGUGCAGACGUCGCUGCUCCACUCGCUGACCGACCACGACACCGACCUGAAGUCCGUCAAAGGUCAGGACCGGGCGCUGCUAGUCAACCUAGCUGAAGAGGUGGCCAAACUGUCGGCCCACGCUGGUCAGCUGAAGAUGGACUACGAGUCUCUGAGACGAGGCCAGGGGAGUCUAGGACAGGACCUGAACACACUGCAGACAGAGCAGGGACGCCUCAUACAG